AUGGCCAAAUUACAAGCUGCAACAGUUUCCAACAGGCCAGUUCGGAAGCGCAAACGGAAAGACACCGAAGAUGCGCAUUUAGAUGCUACCUCGCCCACGCCCCUCGAAUCCGCGGUCGAGCAGGAUCAAGGAAUAUCUGCGACAACUGAAAGUGUCACUGUUCCCACGAAAGAAAAUGAUGGUGGGAAAAAAUCUCGACGGGUAUUGAAGGGGAAAGCCACGCCUGCGCUCGCUCGAAAUGAAUCUUCAUUCACGAAUCCGGUAACUAGUACCAUUCCAUGGCCGCUCUCUUUUCAAACUCUCGAGAAGACGCAUCGGGCAUUGAAUCUAGUCUAUACAUUCUGCUCUACACGAAAACAUCUAGCAACCACUUUCGAUAACCUCAAGAGUGCGGUCGAAGGUCAUAUAAAGCGGGAGCUAAGGGUCGAGGAUGUUGCACAGAUAGUGGCGUUGCGCCCAAAUGGAAUGAACUUCUCAUACGUCGACGAGGCAAUGCUACAAUUGGAUGUUCGAGGGGCUGAAAGAGAUGAGACUUUUAAAGGAGGGCGAGCGAAGAAUUGGCACGCUGCUGGACCUGCUCCAGAUGCUUCUGUGGGAGGACUUACAGGUGUCGAGGGAUUAGGGUAUGGUGAAGGAGCAGACAGAGAGGUGAAGGAAGUUCUGCUUUUUGAAUUUAUAGAUGGUGAUCUGAAGAGACAAGUGCAAAGUAAGAAGACGGGAGAAGCAGUAAAGGCAACCAGAAAAUUAAAGGAUGAGGAAUUGAAGAUGCCGGUUUUCAGUCAAAAACAGAUGAUGAAUUUAAUUGAGAAGAGAAAUACAAAGUUUGUUAGUGCAAUCAAUGCGUUUCUUAAUCGAUGCGAUGCAGAUGGCGUCGAUGCAGAAGUAACUUUGCUCAAAGAAGCUGAGCCGUUAAUUCCUAUACCGUCAAUAUCGAGAAGUAGCACGCCGAAGCCAGAUCAUAGUGUUCUGCCCAAAAGCAUUCCCAAAGAACGCGCAAGUAUAUCGAGUAUCAUCACGGAAAUCAAAGAGAGCGAAUGGUAUACUGGUCAAAUUGUACCUGAUGGCCAUCGUGUCUUCGAUCCUCAAGAAGCAAUAUAUGGAGAUUUGAACUUCGUGCUGAGUCAAAAUCUGGUCAAUGCCUUGUACAAUACCAAGAACAUUACGCAGUUUUAUGCUCACCAAGCUGAAGCUAUCAAUAAUCUUCACGAUGGACAUAAUGUUAUUGUAGCAACGUCAACGAGUUCUGGGAAGUCUUUGAUAUAUCAGAUACCUGUUUUACACGAGCUUGAAAAAGAUCCGCAUUCUAGAGCAAUGUACAUAUUUCCCACCAAAGCUCUAGCACAAGAUCAAAGGAGAAGUCUGAAGGAGAUGAUGAGGUUCAUGACUGGUCUUGAGGAAGCUAUUGUGGAGACUUUUGAUGGGGACACGGAAAUGAAGGAUCGGAAUAUGAUACGCGAUGAAGGCAGAAUUAUAUUCACUAAUCCAGAUAUGCUACAUAUUACCAUUCUCCCACAAGAGGAUAAGUGGCGAACAUUCUUGCAGAAUCUCAAGUUUGUUGUCGUCGAUGAAAUCCAUGUUUACAACGGGCUGUUCGGGUCUCACGUGGCUUUCAUAAUGAGACGGCUGAGAAGAAUUUGCGCGGCAUUAGGCAAUCGACGCAUUAAGUUCAUAUCUUGUUCUGCCACGGUUGCAAACCCUAUGGAGCAUUUCAAAACAAUAUUCGGGAUUGAAAAUGUACGAAUGACAGAUUUUGAUGGCUCACCUUCUGGUAGGAAGGAGUUUCUUUGUUGGAAUACACCUUUCAAGGAUCCUGCAGAUCCCGCAAGUGGACGUGGAGACACACGAGCUGAGGCUGCUAGAUUAUUUUGUCAGCUGAUCCUUCGAGGAGUUCGUGUUAUAGCCUUUUGUCGUGUUCGAAGACAAUGUGAAGCUUUGGUUGGUGCGGUGAAAGAGGAACUGGCUACCUUGGGACGUCCUGAAUGUAUGGCUCGCGUGAUGGGAUAUAGAGGUGGAUAUACACCACAAGAUAGGAGACGAAUUGAAAGCGAGAUGUUUGAGGGAAAAUUAAUGGGUAUUAUUGCAACGACUGCUCUAGAACUUGGUGUAGAUAUCGGAUCUUUGGAUGCGGUUCUGACGGUGGGGUUUCCAUACACGAUUGCGAAUCUGCGGCAGCAAAGUGGAAGAGCUGGACGGAGAAACAAGGACUCGCUUUCAGUUUUGAUCGGUGAUUGCUUUCCUAGUGAUCAGUAUUAUAUGAAUAAUCCGGAUGAGAUCUUCACCAAGCCAAAUUGUGAGUUACAGGUCGACUUACAGAACAUGCUAGUACUAGAAGGACAUGUUCAAUGCGCCGCGUUUGAAAUGCCCAUUCGUCCGGAUGAAGAUGCAAUUUACUUCCCUAAAAACUUGGCAGAGCUAGCAGAAGAGCGACUGGUAAAAGACGAGCUUGGUUUCUACCACUGCAGCGAACGAUAUAGACCCACUCCGUCGAAAUUGGUCGCUAUUCGAGACACUGAGGAGGAUCAUUUUGCGAUUAUCGAUAUCAGUCAUGGUAAAAAUAUUGUUUUGGAAGAACUAGAAGCUUCUCGAGCAUUUUUCACACUUUACGAUGGUGGUAUAUUCCUCCACCAAGGAAAUACAUAUCUCGUCAAAGAAUUCUCGCCAGAGCGCAAGAUCGCCAAAGUUGAGCUUGUCAAAGUCGACUGGACAACCCAACAGCGCGACUACACCGAUAUUGAUCCGAUCGAAACCGAAGCUAUCCGCCGCAUCCCCAACUCCCUUUCUCGUGCUUUUUUCGGCGCUAUCAAGAUCCAGCAAAAUGUCUUCGGCUUCUUCAAACUCGAUAAGAAGAGACGCAUUCUCGAUGCCAUUCAAGUGGACAAUCCGCCUAUCAUUCUCCAUAGUAAGGGAAUGUGGCUCGAUGUUCCUAAAGUAGCUCUCGAGAUCCUCGUCGAAAAACGUCUCAAUAUCGCUGGUGCCAUUCAUGCAGCAGAACACGCAGUCCUAUCACUUAUGCCUAAUUUCGUAAUAAGUAUGCCGGGAGAUGUCCGCACGGAAUGUAAAAUCGCCGUGAAAGAUUUCGCUCAGAAAGAAACGACUAGGAAACGUCCCGCUCGUCUUACUUUCUACGAUGCUAAAGGCGGAGCUUCAGGCUCGGGUAUUAGUACUAAGGCUUUUGAAUUCAUUGACUUGUUACUUAAACAAGCUUUGAGAAGAGUGGAGGGUUGUCAUUGUUAUGAAGGUUGUGUAGAGUGUGUUGCGAGUGAGAAUUGUAAACAUGCCAAUGAGGUGAUGAGUAAGGCAGGUAGCGAGGUUAUUCUGAAAAGUCUACUCGGGAUGGAAAUUGAUGUUGAUGCGUUGCCGAUGGGGCCAGUGGAUGAGAGGGAUAGGGGAAUUGAGACCGUGAUUUUGGCAGAGACGGUUAUGGGUAAAGGGAGAAUUAGGGGUUUGGGUAAUCUGGAUGAUGAUGGGGAAGUAAAAAUUAAAAAUGAGCCAGAAGAUUGA